UGACAACAGUGGCAACAACUCGCGUCGGCUUUGACUGUAUUUUUGUGGAGGAAUUAAGUGAAAAAUAAAAACAACGCAGCUGCAUUUACAAAUAAAUAUAAUAGUUAACUUAAAUCCCGCCCUGUCGAGAUGGUGAAGCUAACGCCCGAGUUGAUAAACCAAUCCAUGCAAUAUAUAAACCCAUGCCGUGAACGGGAACUGGAUUUGCGCGGCUACAAGAUUCCACAAAUCGAAAAUUUGGGUGCCACAUUGGAUCAGUUCGACACGAUUGAUUUGUCGGAUAAUGAUUUGCGUAAACUGGACAAUCUACCUCACUUGCCGCGAUUGAAGUGCUUACUGUUGAACAACAAUCGCAUCUUGCGCAUCAGUGACGGUCUGGAGGAAGUGGUGCCGAAUCUGAACUCCAUUAUAUUAACAGGCAAUAAUCUGCAGGAACUGAGUGACUUGGAGCCGCUUACAGGAUUCAAGAAACUUGAGACAAUAUGUCUGCUCAUCAAUCCGGUGUCGACAAAGCAAAACUACCGAGAGUACAUGGCUUACAAGUUUCCACAGUUGCGAUUGCUGGAUUUCCGAAAGAUCAAGCAAAAAGACAGACAGGCGGCACAGGAAUUCUUCCGCUCCAAGCAGGGCAAGGAGAUGCUCAAGGAGGUGACCAAAAAGUCCAAGUUAAGUGCGGCUGCGGCUCUGGCGGCUGAGGCAACAAACGGCAAAGCAGCCACAGAUGGAGGACGCUUUGCCAAUCCGGAGGAUAUGCAGCGCAUACGGGAAGCCAUCAAGCGCGCAAGCUCCUUGGCGGAAGUGGAAAGACUGUCACAGAUAUUACAGAGUGGUCAACUGCCCGAUAAAUUCCAGCACGAGUUAACCCAAAACGGACACAACGGUGAAGCCACUCCGGCCGUGGCAAUGGAAUACUAGAACGUCGACUACCUUAUAAGUGUAGAACAAUAUUUUAAUAAAACUGAAAAUGAAUGAA